GCUAGAUAAGAUAGUCGGCAAAUUAAUUUUCUUACAAAAUUACUUCAAUUUUUUUUUUUAUUUUUCCAAUUGGUAAAUAUUUUUAAUUUCUUGAAUAAACCUAUAAAAACCUCACUUUCACAACUAGUGAGAUGAGAUUUAUUAUUUUAGUACCGUAUGUUUGUGAGCUGGAUCCACACUCAUCAAACAGACCCACUUUGUAAUAAAAUAAUCAAACCAUUUUUUUUUUUUUUUUUUUGUUGAUGUUGAUUUUACCCAGAAGUAUUGAAUUGCAGAAAGCCAUGUCUUCAACCUCAAAUUUUUUAAUUUUUAAUUAAUAUAAAAAAAACCCAUCAAUUUUAUUCCUUCUUGCUUUUAUCCCUCUUUCACUUUCUCUCUCUUCAACCUCACUUUCUCUCUCCUCCCCUUUUCUCCUCUCUCAAUAUUUCGGGAAGAUCUCAACUUGGGUCCGUUCAAUUUUCUGAAUUUGGAACUGGGUCUCAAAUAUUUUCUCUUAAAUCCACCAAAAAUCCAGUCUUACACCUAGUCAAAAUCAGUAAAAAUUCAAUAGAAUCUUAUACUUUCAUUUCUAAUUUUUUUUUUUAUUUUUUUUAUUUUUCUCUUCUGUAUCUUCUAGAUUCCAUUUGAAGUUACAAUUUUUCAACUGGAUUUGUGUUUAAUUUUAAUUAAAUUCAUGCUUAGUUUACUUUCUUCAUAAAUUUGAUCUUAUUUUUACAAUUUCUUGGGUUUUUAGAAUUUAAUUUUUGGUGGGUCAAACCCACUUCUUUUGGGUAUUUUUAAUAAAAUUUUAGAUGAGAUGAAUUUGGGUGGUGGAUUAAUGGGAUCCAUGGCUAUGACUAGUUCUACAAUUAGCCGGAAAUCGUCGGAAGUUGUUACCGCCGACCAAUUUCCGGUGGGUCUCCGAGUACUUGUGGUUGAUGAUGAUCCAACUUGCCUUACCAUCUUAGAGAAGAUGCUACGAACUUGUCGGUAUGAAGUUACCAAGGCAAAUAAAGCCGAGUAUGCCUUAAACAUGCUCCGUGAGAACAAAAACGGGUUUGAUGUCGUUAUAAGCGAUGUGCAUAUGCCUGAUAUGGAUGGGUUUAAACUCCUUGAGCAAGUUGGUUUGGAAAUGGAUCUACCAGUUAUCAUGAUGUCGGCGGAUGAUAGCAAACAAGUUGUCAUGAAGGGAGUUACUCAUGGAGCUUGCGAUUAUUUGAUCAAACCUGUGCGAAUUGAGGCACUUAAAAACAUAUGGCAGCAUGUGGUGAGGAAGAAGAAGUAUGAAUAUAAAGACGUUGAGCAGUCGGGUAGCUGGGAUGAAGGGGAUCGACAGCUAAAACAUGAUGAUGCAGUCUCAUCCCCCGCUAAUGAUGGUAGUUGGAAGAAUUCAAAGAGGAAAAGUGGCGAGGAUGACGAGGCUGAUGAUAAAGAUGAUACAACUACACUCAAGAAACCUCGGGUGGUUUGGUCAGUUGAGCUUCACCAACAGUUCGUGGCUGCUGUUAACCAGCUCGGCAUUGACAAAGCUGUUCCAAAGAAAAUUUUGGAGCUGAUGAAUGUUCCCGGGCUUACAAGAGAAAAUGUUGCUAGCCAUCUUCAGAAAUACCGCUUGUAUCUGAGAAGGCUGAGUGGAGUAUCACAGCAUCAAGGUGGCUUAAACAGCUCAUUUAUGCCCCAAGACCCAACUUUCAGCACGAUGUCAUCCCUGGGAGGUAUUGAUCUCCAAACUCUUGCGGCCACUGGUCAACUUUCAGCACAGACCCUAGCUGCAUACACAAGACUCCCUCCAACUAUUAAACCUGGCAUUUCGAUGCCAUUUGUUGACCAGAGAAACCUGUUUAGCUUUGAAAACUCCAAAUUAAGAUAUGGAGAUGGACAGCAAUCGCAAAUUAGCAAUGUUAGUAAGCAAAUGAACCUGCUGCACGGGAUCCCGACAACCAUGGAACCAAAGCAACUUGCAGGCUUGAAUCAAUCUGCACAAACCCUUGGGAGCAUGAACAUGCAAGCUAAUGCUUCUAGUAGCCAUCAGAGUAGCUCUUUAUUGAUGCAGCAGAUGGUCCCACAACAAAGGGGACACAUUUCAAAUGAAAGUAUCAGUAGUCAAGUUCCGCGGAUUCAACCCUCAGUAGGGCAGCCAUUGCAGUCAAAUGGGAAUGCUAAUGCAGUUCUAUCUAGAAAUGGUAUGCCCUAUGACCCUGUUAAUCAGUCUGCCUCAGUGGUAGAUUUCUCUGUGAACCAUAUCCCCGAAUUACCCGGUAAUAGUUUUCCAUUAGGGAGUACCCCAGGUAUAACAUCCAUCACUUCCAAGGGCUUUAAUCAAGAGGAAAUUAGCUCUGAUAUUAAAGUAUCAAGAGGAUUUGUUGGGAGUUAUGAUAUGUUCAGCGAGAUUCACCAUAAGCCUCAAGAAUGGCAGAUGCAGAAUCCUAACAUGGGCUUUGCAGGGUCUUCCCAACAUGUACCAUCUGUGCAAAGUGGUGUAAAUGUAGCACCCUCAAUUAUGGUGAAUCAGUCUUAUGUCUCUGGUCAGAAGAAUGAACAGAAUGGACAUUCCAUUGCCGGGAAGCCAAUGUAUUCAACCGGAUUAGAAAAUCAACAUGUGGGAAUGCAGAACGUUAAUCAAAAUUACAACAGUAUACAUGCUAACAAUUCUUCAAGGGUAAAGGCGGAAACAUUUUCUGAUGUGGUGAACCCAGGGGCUAACCUUUUCGACUAUAGUUCGGAUGACAUGUUGAGUACCAUAAUGCUGAAGCAGCAAGAAGGCAUCGGGUCUUCGACUGGGGACUUCGACUUCGAUGGGUACACCUUGGAUAAUAUUCCUGUGUAGAGGAAUAUGUAACCGUUUAAGGUCUGGUGACAUUGUGAAUGUACAUAGCCGCUGCUGCAAAUUGGGAGGAACUUUAUUCAUCAAUUUUUAAACCAGCUUCUGGACCACCAUUUUCAGCUAGAGAACGGCUUUCUUGGCUGGUAUAGAUUUAGUUAUUCACUUAUUUGGUACAUUUCCAAAAGUUUUGAAUGUUUUCCAGCAGCUUGGGUUUAGUAAGAAGUGACUCUUAUUUAAGGCCACUAUUCACCUUUCUUCUAAGGGUGUUUGUCGUCGUGACUGCAUAGCUUGUGCAUAUGUGAAGGGGUGGGAGAAAUCUGCAGAUUUGCUAGGAGUUUUCUUUUCUUUUUCGUUUCUAUUACUGUUGUUCUUCUAACUUGAAUAACAAAAGGUUGAUUGUCUAGUGUUUAGACUAUGAUGUACAAAUUUCAUUCGAUUGUCCAGGACCGCGAGAAAAAAUUUCUUUUGUUUACCUGUUUCGUUCCUUUUGUAUUAAAAAAGUUUGAAGUUUUUUGUAUGAAAAGUUGCUUUUUGAUAAA